AACCUAAUAAUACUCUACUAACAACAUGAACAUCUACUACAACAAAAAGUACAAGUACCUCACUUGACAUCCAGCAAAGCAAAUGACCUUAACAACAAUUUCCUCCCUUUCUUUUCUCUCUCCUCUACCUUCUUUCUUCUUCUCGUGAUCUCCCCCUCAAAAAAAAACCCCACUCUUCUACUCCUCACAUCACUCACUCACAAUCACUUUCUCUCUCCUCCCUACACUAAUGGGUUUUUCUUCUCACCGGAGAAAAACAAGACAAAAACACUCCUAAAAUUUCCACCCCAAACAAACACACCCUAAUUCUCUCUCUAUCUCUAAACAAAAAAGAAAAUGAGAGUGUUAUUAACAUUAGUACUAGUUUUAGUUUUUACAUUACUGAGUCAUCGAUCCAACUCGGAGCCAACUCAGGAGAAACAAGCACUUCAAUCAUUCAUCAACCAAGUCCCACACGCGUCACGCUUACAAUGGAACUCAUCUGACUCAGCUUGCAACUGGGUUGGAAUCCAGUGUAACGCGGCUCAAACUCAUAUCUACAGUCUUCGUCUUCCAGCCGUUGGAUUAGUGGGACCCAUCCCUGAAAACACAAUCGGACGGCUCUCAGAGCUCCGUGUAUUAAGUAUUCAUUCCAAUAGUCUUACUGGAAAUCUCCCCUCUGAUUUCUCAAACCUCACUUUUUUACGCGCGAUUUACAUCGGUGGUAAUAGUUUAUCCGGCGAGUUUCCGGCGAGUUUGACUCAGUUAACUCGGUUAACUCGUCUUGAUUUGUCGAAUAAUAAUUUAUCCGGUGAAAUACCUUUUGCGCUGAAUAAUUUGACUCUUUUGAAUGGGUUGUUUUUGCAGAAUAAUAAUUUCUCUGGUUCGCUCCCUAGUAUUAACGAAAACUUGAUCGAUUUCAAUGUAUCAAAUAAUAAUCUUAAUGGAACAAUCCCACAAACUCUCUCCAAGUUCCCACAAUCUUCUUUUGUCGGGAACUUGGAGUUAUGUGGCGGACCACUCUCGCCGUGUAACUCAUCGUUUUUCCCAUCUCCAUCUCCUUCUCCAGUAGAGGUUGUUCCUUCCUCACCUGCUGAAGUCAGCAACAAAAAGAAGUUAUCAAAAGGAGCUAUUAUUGCAAUAUCAGUUGCAGCAGGAGUAGUAUUUCUAUCAUUGUUGUUGUGUCUCAUCUUAUGUUUGUUGAGAAAGAAGUGGAAUGGAAGUAGAGAUGGUAAUAAUACAUCCAAGGCCGCUGCUCUAAAAGGGACCGCUGCAGUAGCAGGUUCCAGGGCAGUAGGUCUUGGAGGUGAAGCUGGGACGUCGUCUUCUAAAGACGACCUCACUAGCGGAACUGGCCCUGAAGGCGGAGAAAGAAAUAAAUUAGUGUUCGUUAAUGGAGGUUCAUAUAGCUUUGAUCUCGAAGAUCUGUUGCGAGCUUCUGCGGAAGUACUUGGUAAAGGGAGUGUUGGCACGAGCUACAAGGCGGUUCUUGAAGAAGGGACGACGGUGGUUGUUAAGAGGCUUAAAGAUGUUGUGGCUGGGAAGAAAGAAUUUGAGACACAAUUGGAAGCUUUGGGGAAAUGUAAGCAUGAGAAUGUUGUACCUUUGAGAGCAUUUUAUUUCUCUAAAGAUGAGAAAUUGUUGGUGUAUGAUUAUAUGUCAGCUGGUAGCUUGUCUGCUCUUUUGCACGGUAGCAGAGGUGCAGGCCGAACAUCACUAGACUGGGACAACCGCAUGAGGAUAGCCCUUGGCACUGCUCGAGGCCUUACUUACCUUCAUGUAUCAAACAACCUCGUUCAUGGCAACAUAAAAUCGUCCAAUAUCCUCCUACAUUCCAACCAAGACCCUGCAGUAUCGGACUUUGGCCUCUCCCCUCUAUUCGCCACUAAUUCUACCUCCAACAACAACCGCAUUGCUGGAUACCGAGCUCCAGAAGUGGUAGAAACCCGAAAACCCACAUUCAAAUCCGAUGUAUACAGCUUUGGUGUCCUCCUUUUAGAACUCCUUACAGGAAAAUCCCCGAACCAAGCCUCUUUAGGAGACGAUGGCAUUGAUCUUCCUAGAUGGGUACAAUCAGUUGUACGUGAAGAAUGGACUGCCGAAGUUUUUGAUGUUGAACUUAUGAGGUACCAUAAUAUAGAAGAGGAAAUGGUACAACUCUUACAGAUUGCAAUGACAUGUGUGUCAACAGUACCUGAUCAACGGCCCUCAAUGCCUGAGGCACUCCGGAUGAUUGAGGAUAUGAAUCGAGGCGAAAGUAACACCGAUGAUGGGAUUCGACAAUCGUCAGAUGACCCGUCUAAAGGGUCCGAUGGCCAGACCCCACCUAUGGAAUCCCGGACCCCGCCUUCUUCUGUUACUCCUUGAGCUAAGGAAAUAAUGGACAUUUCAUCUCUUUGAUCAAUUAUUUUACAUAAUCUUGAAGUAAUUAAGUGUAUAAAUUGCGCAGGUGAAUGUGGAGAUGAGGAUAGAUUGGAGAGAACAAUAGUUUUUUUUUUUUUUUUUUUUUUUUGAGGUUAAAUUCUAUUUUUUUUGGUUAUUGGUCCCAAGAAAUUGGGUCAUUGUUACAAGUGUGAAAUGGUUUUUAGAGGGACAAGAAAUUGGUGGGAUUUUAUGGUUUGUUUCAUGUAAAGAGGUUAGGGAUUCCAUGAGCUUAUUGGAAUUUGGCUUUUGACCAUUUGGUGGUGGGUGUACUCUGAUUGGUGGGAUUUUAAUUUCAUCUUUGUUUAUUUAA